AUGGGUUGCGGGGCCAGCAGGAAGGUGGUCCCAGAGCCGCUCUCUCUGGCCUGGGUCAAGCACCAAGGCCAAUGCCAAGGCAGCACUGCUAGUGCGGGGCCCUGGCCGGAGGAGACUGCGGCGCAGGCAGCUCAGAGGAUGCAGGUGGCUCUCUUCCGGGCCAAGUUCGACUCCCGAGUCCUUGCCAGAUAUGACAUCAAGGCUCUCAUCGGGACAGGCAGAUUCAGCAAGAUUGUCAGGGUGGAGCAGAAGACUACCAAGAAACCUUUUGCAAUCAAAGUGAUGGAAACCAGGGAGAGAGAAGGCCGAGAAGCAUGUGAAGCUGAGCUGAGCGUCCUGAGACGGGUGAACCACCAUUACAUUGUGCAGCUCAUGGAGAUUUUUGAGGUCCAGGACCGAGUCUACAUGGUGAUGGAGCUGGCUACGGGAGGGGAGCUGUUUGAUCGACUCCUUGCUCAGGGAUCUUUCACAGAGCGGGAUGCUGUCAGGAUCCUUCAGAUGGUGGCUGACGGGAUUAGCUAUUUGCACGGUUUGAGAAUAACUCACAGGGACCUAAAACCUGAAAAUCUCUUAUAUUAUCAUCCGGGUGCAGAGUCGAAAAUUUUAAUCACAGAUUUUGGUUUGGCUCACUCUGGGAACAGCAAGGGUGACUGGAUGAUGGGGACACUCUGUGGGACCCCAGAGUACAUAGCCCCUGAGGUUUUGUCUAGGAAACCUUAUACUAGUGCUGUGGACAUGUGGGCUUUGGGUGUUAUCACCUUUGUUUUACUUAGUGGAUCCCUGCCUUUUGAUGAUGAAAGCCAUUCAAAGCUUUACAGGAAGAUUCUUAAAGGCAAAUAUCAUUAUAUAGGAGAGCCUUGGCCAAGCAUCUCCCAUUUGGCGAAGGACUUCAUAGACAAGCUACUGAUUUUGGAAGCCAGUCACCGAAUGUCAGCUGGCCAGGCCCUGGACCAUCCCUGGGUAGUCAAUAUGGCGGAGGGGGCUUCCAUGAAGAAUCUUCAGAGAGCCAUUUCCCGGAACCUCAUGAGGAGGGCAUCUCCCUAUUCCCAGAGCCCUGGGUCAGCACAAUCUUCCAAGACACAUCAUUCUCACAAGUCAAAGCAUCCGUGGAGCAGGAGAAACUUAAGAGCAGCAGGGUCCCCCCUCCCUGCAGUUUUGUAA